AUGACCUCCAUUCAAGAGCGCCUACAACUUAAGCGUGCACCGCUGGAUACAUGGAAUAUAAGAGAGCAGCUAUGUCUUGCCUCAGCAGUAGUCAGAAGUGGCGAUCAAAAUUGGAUGUCUGUUUCGCGGGCGCUUAAGUCUCUUGCUGAUCCCAAUCGCCCCCAGGAUUGGUAUUCACAAAAAAAUUGUGCUGUCCAGUAUGGUGCUUUAUUGGAACAUGUGGAAACUCCAAAGCGCAAGAAGAGGAAUUCAGAAGGUGGCGUGGAGACACCACAGGAAAGCAUCCUCAAACGGCUUAGGGAUCAGAGAGUACAGGAGAUAAAGAAUAGCCUAGCUGAAAUAAAUGCAGAAUAUGAACAAAUAAAGAAUGAAGUAAAUGAAGUGCGUAACUCAUCAACAUCUGAAGAAAAACUUCAAGAGCUAUGGGCUGAGAUUGAAGCGUCUAAACAGAAAAGAGAAAGAGAAAAUGCUACUCGUGCAGCUUGGAUGAAAGAGAGAGAGGAGCGAAUAAUCAAGGCUGAAAAGACAUGGAGACCUCAGACCACUGUUGCCACCACAACACAAGUUACAUCUUCCACGCCUUCAUCACCACUGUUAUCCUCUUUGUUAAAGUCCACACCAGUUGUCACCACACCACAGCAUAUCUUACACCCAAACAAUUGUAUCGAAACAGUGUCACCCAGUGCCGGUGCCCCGACACUGUCUUUAUUAUUGGAACAGCCACAAGAUAAAGAACAUGCAGCGAUAGAACAUAUAAAAAGUCAAUUGGUGCAGAUUGAACAUCAGCUUAAAGCCAGCACGAGUGGGUCACCAGUGCCUAACCCCCCUUCAAUAGUAACGACAGCUGCCACCCCUGCAGUGGAUAUAGAUGAUAUAGAGAUAAAGGCGGAAGAUGUAUAUGCGUUCAGUGAUAUAGAUAUACAUAUACCACCCGUGGCUGCGAUGCACAAGCCAAGGGUGGAAAAGCAAUAUAAGAAAGAAGAAGAACCAUGUGUUAUUGAGGAGCCUAUGCAAGAAGAUAAGGUUGAAGAAGUUCCUGUAUCAGAGCCGAUAGUAGAACCAUCAAAUACUACGGAAGAUGCACAGGUUGAACCGAUAAAAACAGAAGUGAUACAGGAGGAAGAAACCAUACCGGAAACGGAAAUAGUGCCGGAAGUAAAAAUUGCUUUCCCGGAAGUGAAAUUUCCGACACCGGAAAUAAAAGUUAUACAGUCGGAUGAUUCGCAGUUACAGCCAAAGGUAGAGCAAGAGCCGCUAGAAGCUAGCCUACCGCUAGAGGAAGAAGUUAAACAAGAGAAAACGGAAAUUGAGGAUACUGUGGAGGAGCCGAUUGUAGAAGAAAUUCAAGAUGUACCGGAGAAAGAAGUAAUAGAGGAGAAAGUAGAUGAACCCGAGCCUGCACCACUAAAAGUAGAUAUACCACAAGAAGACGCACAGCCUGAGCCAGAAGUUGCAGAGGUGGAGACGAACAUACCGACGGAAGAGAUACCUUUGCCGGAGUCACCUAAACCUGAGGAGCCAGCGAUUGAAGAGACGGCACCAGAAGCACAGCCUGAACCAGAAGCGGAUACAGAAGUGAAUGUGCAAAUACAAGAUAUACCGCUACCGGAGACGGAAGAGACCAAAGAGGAAAUGGAAGAAGUUAGAGAAACGAAAGAAGAAAAGAAAGUAGAAGAUGAGGACUUAAUACCAUUAAAGGAUAUGAUAAAGGAAGAAAUAGUACAAGAGAAAGACAAAGAAGAAGAACCUCAUACUGAAACAGAUGACGAUACUCCGAUGGAGUUAAGCAGAGAAGAAGAUAAAGAAGGAAAAACAAAGAGAGAUUAUUCAAGGAAGAAGAAACCGGAUUCCAGAACGUGUUCUGGUUCGGAAAGUGCCCCGGAUUCCCCGAGCUCAAGCGAAGCAGAGAGACAACACCGACUCUGGAAGAAGAGUGUUAUGCUUGUAUAUAGCAGGUUAUGCGCACACAAGUACGCGUCGUUGUUCCUGCGACCUAUCACCGAUGAAGAGGCACCGGGGUAUAGCACUAUAGUGAAGAGGCCUAUGGAUCUUUCGACCAUUCGACGGAAUAUAGAUGCGGGGCAUAUUAGGACCACAGCUCAAUUCCAGCGUGACGUGUUACUGAUGCUGUCAAACGCACUCAUGUACAACAGUACUUCGCACAGUGUUUAUGCAAUGGCUAAAGACAUGUUUGAAGAGGCACAAUGUCAGCUGGGGAUGUUGUUAGCUGCGCAAGCGCACGCAGGUUUAGUGAAUACGGCGCCUCCGACGCGUAAAAGGCGGCCGCAGACAAAUCCAAAUUCACCUUCGCAGUUUAAGACUCAGAGAUUGUAA